GGAAAAAAAGAAACCCUAGAGAUGCUGCAGAUCCGCCUGAGCAAGAUCGGCUCGUCGGACUCCGGCGCCGCCGUCUCUGGCGCGGCAGCCGCGGGCGGCGCUUCCGCCGCCGCGGGGGCGGCUGCGGCGCUGGGCGGUGGCGUCCCGGAGUCGGUCACCGUGGCGUGCCCCGAUCACCUGGUGAUUGCGGACCUCCCCGUCGCGAAGAGCCUCGGCGCCGUUACGACCUCGGCCGCCGCCGCCGCGCGCGCCAUCGGGCGCCGCUCCCGCCGCCCGCUCGGGGAGCGUGUCCACAUCUGCUCCCGCUGCGAGUUCCCCAUCGCCAUCUACGGCCGCCUCAUUCCUUGCGAACAUGCCUUUUGUUUAACCUGUGCAAGAAGUGAUUCCAGCUGCUAUCUAUGUGAUGAGCGUAUUCAGAAGAUACAGAGUGUGAAAAUGAUGGAAGGGAUUUUCAUCUGUGCUGCACCGAUGUGUCUCAAAUCUUUCCUUAAGAAAGCAGAUUUUGAGUCUCAUGUGCCUGAAGCCCAUGCUAACCUCCUACAAACUAAUAUAGAGAAGGAAGAACGUAACGAGUCAGAUGCUCCUAACAUCUCCCGUGCUUCUGCAGGGGAUACUCAAAGACAAUCUCAAAUGCCUGAAAUGUCCACUGCACGUGCUCCUCCGAGGCCAGGUGUUUCACCCACUUCAACUUCUCACAUGCAAGAUCGUGAAGAACGCUCCCGCUACCACCAAUCCAGGGAGCAAACCCCACUAAGGCCCCCAAUGCUUUCAAAACCGCCAUCAUUCCAUGGCCGCCACUCAUAUCCACCAGGGGAUGCUCAGGCCGAGAACAACCCACCUCAAGGAUUCGACCGGCCCUACAGCUGGGCUUCUCAGUCACGCCAGGAGAGCCCUGGUGCGGCAACUCCACUUCGCCAAGAAUCUGACCACAGUACUCAGGACAAGCAACAAUUGAUGGCUAAUGCACCCUUUAUGUUUCCACCGAUUCCUCCUCAUCAGGCAAACUUUAUGAUGCCCAUGAAUAUGAAUCAGCCUAUGAUCCCCAAUGCGCCAUUCAAUUAUCCUCUCCAGCAAGAUGGAAAUCCUCAGUAUUUUGCCGCCCCUUUCCAGAUGCAACUACCAGAUACUGGAUCAGACCAAGGUUCCAUGUCAGGUAUCCAGCCUCCAGGUGGUCCUAUGAGCUUCCCUGAGGGGCUUCAGCGCCCAUGGGCUAUGGGACUGAUGGGUAAUCCAUUUCAGUCAAUGGCCCUUGGGCAGGGAAUGGCUGAUGGUGCAGGUGAUCCUCAGGGUGGUGGUGGUAUGGCCUUCAUGCAGGCCAGUUUUGGGGGCAUUCCUGAUGGCUCCAUGAAUCCAGGCAUGUCAGAUCGAGGUGAUGGAAGGGGUGUUCUAGCACAGAUGCCUAUGCCGGUGCAAAUGCAGAUGUCACUUCCCCCACCUCCACCUACACAACCACCAUCAGGCUCACAACAAUCUUUUAACAGGAGUUGAUGUUUUUGUGCACUAACUGAUGGUUAUUGCCAAAUUGCAUGUUAAUUCGUUGAGCAAAUUGUAAUUUUUUCAUUUUAGCAUGCAACUUAUGAGAAUUGGGUAGCUCAGUUCUAUCCCUUAAGUGCCUGCCCAGCUAUUGGUGGAAGGAGCUUGUAUUAUGCAAUAACUGGUCCUGUUUGAAUGAAAUGUUUGCGAUUUCUGAAA